GAUAUGGAAUUUUUGUUUUUAUAAUCAUAUUGGAGUUGUUACCCAUGCUUUUUAUAGCAUUUUGCCUUACCUUAUUCGCUUCCGUUAUUUCUUUUGUACUGCUUUGAAUUGCUUGUACUUGUGCCGAGGUGUCUACCGGAGACAGCCCCCACUUGUGGGAUUGAAUAUGCUAUUCUUUUGGGACAUCAGCAAGUUCUCAGAUGCUGAAAAUGGGAGCAUGUUCAAUAUAUUUACAGUUUACAAGUAUUGUCUAGCUUGUGCAAUAUGUUUUGCAGGCAUAUGAGCUAGUUUGACGUGGAUGCAUUCUAUUUUAUGAUGCUGAGACUAUUUGAUGGUGCUCAUUAUUUGUUGAAAAGUUGUGUGCUUGGUUUGUUUCCUUUAUAGCUCUGCAGUUCAGGGGCGAAGCUACUCUAGGUCAAGAGUUGAUCUAUAAGAAGUUUCAUGGCUUCAAGUAGGCCCCGUGCCAGCAGUUUUUCUCGAAACAUAUCUAGUGCAGCUACAUCUCAGAUUCCUGGAGUUAAGCUUGGUCCAAAUGGCACAUCAUUUCUUUCAUCAGGCAUACCAGAUCUUGACCAGAUUUUGGGCGGUGGCUUUACCUUGGGAAGCCUAGUCAUGAUUAUGGAAGACCCUGAGGCACCUCAUCAUAUGCUUUUACUGAGAAAUUUCAUGUCUCAGGGCCUGAUUCACAAACAACCCCUACUUUAUGCUAGCCCAGAAAAAGAUCCCCGAGGCUUUCUUGGAACUUUGCCUAGUCCAAUGGCUUCUAAGGAGGAAAAGUCUCAUGAACGGCCAGCAGAACAGGACGCGAAUUUAAGAAUCGCUUGGCAAUAUAAGAAGUACUUUGGGGAACAAAAUUCGGAGGUCCAAAGAGGUGGGAAAGCUGAAUACUGCAAUGACUUUGACUUGCGAAAGCCCCUAGAAAGGCACUUCUAUAGUGGGCAGCGGGUUGAUUGCAUUAGUCUUCGAGAUUCUCCGAAUCUAGCCCCUCUGCUUGAACGUUGUUCAACCUUCUCAGCUCAAGUAUCAAAAUCUGAUGGAAACAUCAUAUGUGCCGGUCGUAUUGCUAUUCAGUCGCUAUGUUCACCUCAGUGCGACUUCUCUGACAAGGAUUGGGAUAUGCUAUCUUUUAUAAGAUCGUUAAAAGGUAUGGUUCGAUCUUCGGGUGCAGUUGCGGUCAUAUCCUUUCCACCCUCACUUGUCUCACUGACCUUUUUAAAGAGAUGGCAGCAUCUGGCUGAUACCUUGAUAUCUGUCAAAGCUAUUCCUGAUGAGGACAAGGAAUUGGCAAAACUCUUAACUGGUUACCAAGACAUGCUGGGCCUUCUGAGUGUACAUAAAGUUGCUCGCAUAAAUACACAGGUCCCUGCAAUUCUGGAAGCCACAACAUUCUCAAUGAAGCUGCGAAAACGAAGGGCAUUGGUUUUAGAAUGCCUUAAUCAAGCCCCAGUUGAUGGUUCAAGUGGAAGUUCGUAUGGUACUUCUGGUAGUUGUUCUGGAAGUUCUAAGACAGGGAACCUGGACUUCUAGAUGAUAUAUAAACGCGUGGCUCCAACUUCUCACAACCUAAUUCAUGCUCCUGCAAAUGCUGGAUUUGCUGGUCUGUGCUUGGUCAUAUCAAAGCUGAAUCUAGCAAAUAUUCUUAUGUUUCUGUUACACAUUCUGAACUUUGUCAAUGAAAGCCGUUCAAGAAGAGGAUUGCCUGGACCCGUAGUUCUUCUCACUGUAUUAUAGGUUCAUAGUGUUUUACAGCAGCAAGAUUUAGUUUACAAUUAUGACCUUGAUUCGCUAGGCUGUGCUAACCGAGUGCUUUGUUUUUGUCUGUACUACAAAUUUUUUAGGAAAUUGUAUUGAAGGAUAUGGCAUUACAGUAACUUACUUGAAGCAGUUUUCUUGA